UCUGUGAACCUCGACACAGGCAAAGGCUCUGCCGCGGCCAUGGCCUCCACUCGUCCUCAUCGCUCGUCGACGGCCGCAUCGCGAGCCCCGCCCAUGAACAACCAGAUCGCCGAGCUCCGCAGCCUCUGUGACGAGCUAAUUCGUUUAUCCGAGUCUCCCACCACCCCCGACGUCCUGCAAAGCCAGAGUGACGCCGCCCGCCGCAUUCGCCAGCUCCUCAUUGAGAGCCACGAGCGUACACAGACCAAAGACGCCUUCCGUCAUGUCCGCGGCUUCGACGUCUUGUUGCUUACCCUGCGCUCACUCUCCGGCUUCUACAAGCCCGCACAACUCUCCGCACCGGACAGAAUCGACUUUUUCUACGUCAUCCGAACCACACUCGAGGUGCUCUCCGACGCACUGGACCAGCACUCCGGAAACAAACGUUUCUUCGCAUCUAGAGUCGAGGGCGAUGGCUGGGGAGCUUUGGAGCAGGCCCUAGCCAGCACAGGCAUCUUUGGCGGCCAGUCCACAACCAAGCGGGAUGAUGCUGGCCAGGAGCAGCUUUUUGGCUGCCUGUUCUCUUUUGCCCUUGGAGAGGAGGCCGUGACGCGCAUCUUCCGCGAUAUUGACAAACGGGCUGAAGAAGACGUAUCAGAAGAGCAGAAACCCUCCGAAGCGGAUCCUAACGGAUCGAGCAGCGAACAGCCUGCUGAAAUUGUCGUCUCAAGCCCACGCUCCAUCUACAGCGAGAAUGAUGUGGAUAUGGACACCUUGCGUCGUCAGGUCCGCACCGUCUUUAGCGGCAAUGAGGUGCUACAGAAUCCUGAUAUUCUGCCCAUCAUCCUACACUUUUGGAUGGGUUUGUCCGGCGAGGAAGCCCCAGGGACACGAUCGAAACCUCUGUCUGUGGCGAUUCUCCUCGCCAUACAGGAAAUCAUGGCUGUAUCGUCGUAUAAUAAGGCCGCAUUACAUGUGACCGGUGUACUAAGCAUUAUUCUACCCUUGUUAUUCGACAACAAGUGCGCACCCACAGAGGCCAAUUUGCUGAGGGAGCUUGCUGAAACUCUUAUCGAGCAUGGCAUCAACAAGCUGGACGACGCCUAUUACCUCUUCCAGAAAGCGUCUGUGUCAGACCACGCCGCAGAGUUUCUGCACCUAGGCAUGCGGAAAUCACGUGGCCCACCCUUCAUUCAAUUCGAUCUCUCUUUACAUGGCUUCAGCGCUAUUGAACUACCUGACCUUGGCCGCCCUUUCCCACCCAUUUCACCAGGCAGUGGAUAUACGUUCGCUGCAUGGAUCCGCGUCGACAAAUACGACACCAAUUGCCACACAACUCUCUUUGGUGCCUACGACGACACGCAAACAUGCUUUCUAAUGGCAUACCUUGAAAAGGACACACAGUGCUUCAUUCUGCAGACAUAUAUGGGUCACUCAUCUGGAAUCGUGCCGAGUGUUAGAUUCAAGAAAGCUCCUCGGUUCAAAGAAGGCCGCUGGUAUCAUAUUGCCAUUGUGCACCGCCGCGCAAAGGCCAUGACCCUCAAUAACGCGAACAAAGCCUCGCUCUACGUCGAUGGGGAAUUCACCGAAACCAUGAAGGCACACUACCCAUCCCACCCUCCCGUUCUAGAUAGCAGCCAGGACAGUUUCGCAUCUCUAUCGUCUAGUCGCGGCCACCAUCCCAUUCUCGCCUUUCUAGGCACCCCUCGUAACCUUGCCCCGCGCUUGGGAAGGAAUGUGCUCUGCUCCAGACUGUCCGUGGCGUCUUUUCAUCUCUUCUCCGAGCCUCUUUCCGAUGAGCUAAUCGCCGUGUAUCAUAAGCUUGGUCCACGAUAUUGUGGGAAUUUUCAGGAUAGACUGGGUUCCUUUCAGACAUAUCGCACCUCGGCUGAGCUGCAUGUCCAGAAUGAGAUAUUGCAUCCUGGGAAAGAAGAGCGUUCCGACAUUGUCACCGCUAUCCGUACCAGUGCUGGGUUUCUAAUGCCCGAAUCCAAAAUACUGCUCAGUUUCUCGCCUAGUUCUGUCAUGGACGAUGAUGAUCGUAACGCCAUUGACGAAUCGCAGUUGAUCAGAUCCUUGUCCAAAGAGUCCGCAAGAACCUUACACAAAUUUACAAGAUUGCACGGCACCCCCAUCAUCAUCAAUGCUGCUGUGCCAUCCGUAAAUGAUGCCUUGUCUCAAACACGGGGUUUUGGCCGGCUAUCAGGUGAUGCUGUUGUCGUAGUCCCACAAUCCCUCGACGAUGCUAUUUGGCGAAUAGGAGGCUGCGCAGCUGUUGGCCUGCAUCUGGUGCAAGCUGCGCAGACCUUGGAUGCGGUCCUUCGUGCUGUGCACGUGCUUCUUGAGGCGGUUGAAGGUAACUGGCGCAAUUGUGAAGCCAUGGAGCAAAGUAAUGGAUUUGCCGUCUUGGCCGAGGUACUCCGGCAGAAACUUGGCGCCAACAUGUCGGGCGCAAGCUCCUUGAGGGGAUCUGCCUCGAUAGAUGCGAGCCCGGAAGAGUGCGAAGCCUUUAUACUGAAACUCCUGCGUGUGACCCUUCGUUUCGUUGGCUACGACGAACAAAACCCUACAGAGUCACUCAUCAUCAAUCCCCUGGCAUAUCGCGUGCUCCUCGUCGAUCUGGAGAUAUGGCGCAAGUCGACCAGUUUGGAGACUUUGAAGCUUUACUAUAAUCAGUUCAUCGACCUUGCCAAAGGCAGCAAGCACCACCACUAUAACGCUAAGCGGUUUCACCGGAUAAGGGUGGUCAAACGAUUGACCGAUGCUCUCAAGGGUGAAUCGUUCACACACCAGACCCUCCCUCUGUUUUUAGCGGCGUUCAAGGUCUUGCUCCAAACUAAUUUCAACGGCGAGAAUUCACGAUCAUUGUCCCUGUUCGUCACUUAUGCCCUUCACGAUAACCGAGCGUCUUAUGCGAAGCGAACUCUGCGGCCUAAAGCGAGUACUGUUCGUCUCCGUCGCGGCACACCGCCCAAUCUGACUCCUGGGGCCACCCCUCGGUCACUGAGUCCUGGUCAAAACCCUUCUCUACCACCAGGUCUUCCUCUCGCUGAGUUAGGGGUUUCCGUGUUGCGACUUCUUUCCGAGCUGCUAUGUGACCACACCAAUGUCGGUGAGAUUAUUCGGUUUGCCAAAAAUGUGACUGGAAAAUGGCUGCUUUACCUACUCGCGGAACAAGAUCACCGCGUGGUAGUGUUGGCUGCAAAAAUUCUAGCCCGUCUCCUCGUCGCCAACGGUCAACAUUAUGUUAAGAAAUUCAGCGAGAAGACUGGUGGAUUCGUUCUACUGAAAAAUCGGCUCCGUCACUGGUGGAAUACGCCAGGUGUCUGGACGAUAUGCUUUGCCAUUCUAUUCGAUCGGGACGUUGCGACCAUCGAUUUCGAACGUGACUUCGAUGUGCAUAACCUAGUAGACAUUUUCAUCAUGCAGUCCCCGCACUCGAAGUUAAGAAUCAUGUAUCCAGAGGUGUUUAUGGUGAUCGCGGCGAUGCUCGACACUGGCCUCCGCACCAUUGUGCGAGAUCGUGCAAAUGGUGAAAACGCAGCCCCUGCCCAUGAUCCCGCAGAUGCCAAUGCCACUCGCGGAAGGCGACGAACGAUGUCGCUCAAUGCCAAACAGCCAACUGUCGACACUCAUACCCCGCAAUCAGAACGGCUCAAUAACUAUGCCUCGGUAUUGACCUCUGCUAUACAGUUUCUAUCGGAAUUGCAUACUCGGUCCAGCGAGUUCCGUGAUUACGCAGUGUCUUCUAAUUACGCGCAGGAACUCUUGUUCAUACUUUACCCAGUCAUUGUGACUUCUGACGCCGUGAGCGCAGAAACAGAGCUCCUCUCUAGGGGCUCUGCUUUGACUUUCGAAGGCCAGGAUGUCGUCAUACAACCUGUAUCAAAGAGCAACGCUCACUCUGGCCCUAUUGUUCGAACAUCCAACGUUAAUCUUUCGCCUUCACCUUCCAACCCGCGCGUAGUCCCGCUGAGACGAGCUUCAUCAUUCGUACUUGUGUCUUCCGAUGGACCACCCCAGGACCAGAAGCAAGCACGGGUGCAUCCAAAUGGUGGACCACUAGCAGUCAAGAUUGGCAACACAGUGGUGGAAGCGACGCUUGAAAUAGUGCUGCUUGUUUUCCGUGACCAACUUUUCGAGCGCAAAGACUUCUCGGGGCUCGGGCUGUUCAUGAAAACCCCUCCAGGAUUCCGUGAGCAUCAAUCUUACUUCGAAUCAUACAUUCUUCGACAGACCAUUUCUUCCGUUACAAAUGCUCUCCGGUUAGAGCAAAAUCUUCUACAUGAACCACGAGUCCUAACAAAUCUGUCUCGUUUCAUCACACAUGUCUCCGAGGCUGUGUUCGAGGGCUGGUUCAUGGACGGUGCCGAACCUCUCCUAGAUUUUGCUGGGUUCCUCCUAGAAUACCUUGAACGACCAGACAUUGCUAAACUCAAGUCGGUCCGUCUGUGUACACAAGCUAUCGGUGUAAUACGCACCACUUUCUUACGCAUCGUUCUGCUCCGCCUUGCAGAGCCCGAUGAGUCGGAUGGAUUUAACAAUGUGCAAGUCGUAGAAAAGAUGGUGUACUGGCAACCCAUCAUUCUGUCCGCCGAAAACACAGAAGGGCAAUUCUUGCGUUUGAUCAGUUAUCUGCUGUACACAAAACUCUCGUCCAUUCAUGAGACUGUUCGGCUCGCAGCAGCAAAUUUCUGGCGGCUUCUCAUGGUGCAAAAGCCUGAAGAAUCAACGGCCAUUUUGAGUCAUGCUAUACAAACUGAUAAGAAGAACCUUUCCGAUGGGUUUCAGAAAUUGAUGGAGUUGGACAACGAGUCGUUUCUCCUCUGGUUUGACGAUAACAAAACUGACCUUGACAGCUUCUUCUAUGGAACCAUAUCAAAGGUGUGGGAAGAUUAUGCGCAUGAACAGAACAAGCAGACAGAGCACGCGUCUCAACGAAGAAUAUCCAAACGAAGAGACAAAUUAAAGCAAUGGCAGCACGAAGAGCUUACGAAUGAGAAUACCUGGGCAAUCCACGAGAAUUCAACGAACCACUGGCGGUCUAACAUACACGCCUCUGAGCGCAUCAAGCAUCAGCGGGUACUCCAAGACCAACAAGAGAACACCACUUUCCUUGGGACAGUCAUGUCUAAAUUGGACCGCCAACUCAAAGGUCCGUGCGCGCUUUUUGGAGAUAGUCCAACGCCUAAGUGGCGUCUGGACGAAACUGAAGGCCGCGACCGCAAGCGAAUGCGGACCAUUGUCGACAACGCAAGCAGAGACCAGGCAUAUCAGCCUAAACGCAAAGAUACAGAUCCGGGGUAUAGCGGCAAAUUGAAACUAGAUACUGCGAUCCCUACCAUCACGGGCAAAGAUCUUGGGCUUACACCUACAUCAACAAAUGUGCGACCCUCCUCUGCAAUGGGUCACAAAGACGGGGUACAGGAAGAUGACCCCGAUAGUGAGGACGACUUUGAAAUGGUGGAUGCCAUGUACGAAGAUGAGGAUGGCUUUGAAGACAAGAACCGAAAGGUGAUGCGAAGUCUGAAUCGCGGAGACCAAGUACAAUAUGUUUGUAACAUCUCCCGCGUUGUGGGAUUGGAGGCUAUCGAAGGCCUGUUGAUCAUCGGAAAGGACUGUUUGUAUCUAUUGGACGACUUCUUCCAAAGGUCAGAUGGGGAAAUCGUUCGAGUCUGGCAAGCUCCAUCCGAUGAGCGAGAUCCUUACGUGCAGGUAAUUGCUGGCAAAGAGGCCGUCACCACCAAGAGACCACCGCCAAGGACACACGAUGAAGCAACUCGUCACUGGAAAUGGAGCGAGGUAAUUAGUAUAUCCAAGCGCCGCUUCUUGCACCGCGAUGUUGCCAUUGAAAUUUUCUUUGACGAUGGCCGGAGCUACCUGCUCACUGCAAUUUCCAACAAUGUUCGCAACGACAUCCACGGAAGAUUGGUUCAUCGCGCGCCACAUGUUGUCAAACCAGAAUUACUUGCUAAUGCAGAGAUAACGUGGCGCUUGGAUUCCUUACGCAAUCCCGAGGAAGCACCACAGUCGCUGGGAUCACGAUUUGCUUCAGCGUUCAGCUCUGUGUCUUCGCACCCAAUCACCCGGAAAUGGGUCAAGGGUGAAGUGUCUAACUUCCAUUACCUGAUGUUUAUCAAUACGCUUGCCGGCAGGACAUUCAACGACCUUACCCAGUAUCCUGUUUUUCCUUGGGUCAUCUCAAACUAUACUAGUGCAGAGCUUGACUUGACCGAUCACAGGAAUUUCCGUGAUCUGACGAAGCCGAUGGGCAUUCAAAACCUACAACAAGAGGCUCUUAUUCGUGAGCGAUACAACUCCUUUCAGGAAAUGGGCGAUAGCGAGCAUGCUUUCCAUUACGGUACCCACUACUCGUCAGCUAUGACCGUUGCCUCAUAUCUUAUGCGUCUCCAGCCAUUUAGUGGUGCUUUUUCGUUGAUCCAAGGAGGCACAUGGGAUCAUGCCGACCGCAUGUUCUAUUCUAUCCAAGGCGCCUGGGAUUCUGCGUCCGCGAAAAACAUGGCGGAUGUUCGAGAGUUAACACCAGAAUUCUUCUUCCUACCCGAUUUCCUCUCGAAUGUGAACAGCUACGAAUUCGGCCUACGAGCUAGCGGUGAGCGAAUUGAUGAUGUUGCCUUACCGCCGUGGGCAAAAGGUGACCCAGCCAUAUUCAUCGAGAAGCAACGGGAGGCAUUAGAGAGUCCACAUGUCAGCCGAACCCUUCAUCAUUGGAUCGACUUGAUAUUCGGUUACAAGCAGCGCGGCGAGGCUGCAGUUGAAGCCGCCAACGUAUAUCAUUGGACUACGUAUCAAGGUGCUAUUGACCUCGACUCCAUCACAGAUGAAAAGGAUCGCGCGCAAAAAAUCAGUAUCAUCAACAACUUUGGUCAGACCCCCGUACAAAUAUUCCAACGAUCACACCCGCAGAAAGAGGAGCAAGCAACCAAGCUACGUAAGCUAGACACGGCAGCUGAGAGUCUGCAUCGCCUUCCCGGUGCUCUCCUGGAGACUGACGACAAAGUUUCCUCGUUGGCAUACAUUGCUAAAAGCGACAAAUUGCUCUGCUCCGCGCCGUUCCGGCAUAACAUUCCCCCCCAUUACGAUCGCUACAUGGAGUGGGGCUUCACUGACGGAAGUGUGCGCUUCUACGAUUCUGCCUCGAAGAAAUUGGUUGGUCUCUUUGAGCAUCUGCACUCUGGCCAACUGACCGCUUCACUGUUCGUCGAUGGUCGAACUCUCAUAACAGCCGGGACAGACUGCACGAUUGCCAUCUGGAAUGUUCUUAAAGGCGAUAGAGGCCAUGUUGAUCUUCAAAAUGUCACCACACUAUUUGGACACAAGAGUCCUGUAGUCACCCUCGCCGCAUCCCGCGCUUUCUCGGCUUUCCUAUCCGCAUCGACCGACGGCCGAGUCUUUCUAUGGGAUCUCAACCGCUCCGAGUUCGUGCGCGAGCUGGAUCUAGGCCCAAGUCAGAGGCGUCAUCCUAUUCCCGUACAGGGCGCCAGGAUCAAUAACGUCACCGGUCAUAUCGUGUUAUCGUGCGGACCACGCCUCAUCAUUACCUCGCUAAACGGCGAGAUGCUGCUGAACAAAGAUGUUUGCGAAGGAGACGACGACGGCGAUGUCAGCGCUGUGGCUAUAUACGAGGGUGUAGGGAACGAAUGGUGCGAGCGCGAGUUGAUCCUUACGGGACAUCGGAGGGGUGUAGUAAAGAUCUUCCACCUCGCGCCAUCUUCAUCCGCCUCCCAUCCACCAACAUUGAAUUCGACAGACGAAAAAUGGAGUCUCAAACUCAUCCAGCAACUCAACCAUUCCGACACAAGCCGUGGCCCUGAAUCAGGCGGCGCCAACUAUCAAGCCCCCAUCACGUGUAUACUGCCGCUGCCGCACAAUGUAUACACUGGUGAUGAAGGUGGCAGAGUGUAUCAAUGGGAUUGUGUGCAUCGUCACGCCGGACACUAG